CGUGUAUGGUGCACUACUGCUGCUUAUGUUACUGUCUUUUCACAUACUCUAGUGUCUGUCUAGUAUCCUCUACGAUUCCUGAUAAUUACUAAAAAGCUCCAGAAGUUUCUGGCUGAACGCACACCAAUGUCACUUUCUGCAAACUUUAUUUAAGUUCUAAGUUCUAAGAUCUACAGAGCAACUGUCUAGUCCAUUAGGGUAGAGGAGAAAAUCCAGGAUGUCUGUGGAUGUGAAGGAGAAGACCGAGGUGCGUCUGGUGUUCAUGGGAGCUGCCGGAGUGGGGAAAACAGCUCUGAUCCAGCGAUUCCUGCAGGACAGCUUCGAGCCGAAACACCGUCGCACUGUGGAGGAGCUCCACAGCAGGGAGUAUGAGGUGGCUGGCGUCAAGGUGACCGUCCACAUCAUGGACACAAGCGGUAGCUACGCUUUCCCCGCCAUGCGCAAGCUCUCCAUCCAGAACGGUGAUGCCUUCGCCCUGGUCUACUCCGUGGACGACCCCGAGUCACUCGAAGCCGUGAAGAGCCUUCGUAAGGAGAUUCUGGAGAUCAAGGAGGACAAGCUCACGCCCAUCGUGGUGGUUGGCAACAAGGCAGACCGGGAUGGCGAGCGGCAGGUGUCCGCCGAAGAUGUGCUGGCCACCGUGGAGCUGGACUGCAACAGCUGCUUCUUGGAGGCCUCGGCAAAGGAGAACGCCAAUGUGAUGGAGGUGUUCAGGGAACUGCUGCAGCAGGCCAACCUGCCCAGCCGCCUGAGCCCCGCCCUCUGUCGCCGCAGGGAGACCUUCCCCAAGAACAGCGGGGCGCGCCCACCGAUGAACAAGACCAACAGCUGCACCAUCUCCUAAAGCAAGCAGCAGAGGGGCAGUGGGGACAUGGAAGGGGGGUGGAGUUUGUGGGGGGGUGCAUAAAGUUGUGAAGAUGCAGAAAGAAGCGUCGCAAACUUCUCACAACCUUUUGAAUGUUCCCAGUUGAGCACCAAUAGCAGCCUCCAAGUACAGACAGAGGCAGAGGUUUAUAAAGAAGGGAACUGCCAGCUGGUGUAGAGUGGAUGGAGCAUGGCUAAACAUACUGGUAUUGCUCUGUGAAAGAAAUGUAAACCAGCUGCAGGUCGUGUAUAAAGUAAACCGAAUGUUAUGGCAGUUUUCGAAGUUGAUUUGAGCUUCUCAAGCUUUGAUGCAAGAUCAACAUGUGUAAAUUUAAGUUUUAAGCCCUGUUUAAAUAGUGUACAAGUAUUCUGACUAUAGUCAAGUGGUGUGGGCUAAAGCAUUAACAUGCCUAUUUAAUACAUUGUUUUAAUUCAUUGUUUGCAUGAUGUUUGCAUUGGUUUAAAAAGUCAUUGCCAAAAAGUACCGAGCCAGAGCCUUAACCUUGUUGAAAGCCAGGCUUAAGCAUAGACUUUUCAUAGUCUAAUGUCAUGUAAGAAAUACAUUGCACUUCCAAUGUUAUCAACAAAUAAAUAUUUA